GUCUUGUGCAUUUUUUCCGUGGCCUUGCGCUUCUCAACGCGGAAGAAAAACAAUACUGUUCAAGUCCAAACAAAUUCCCGUUUUACAUCCGAAAGACGUUUUUGAGGCAACGGUGCGGUCUAAAGCUCAUCUCGUGAGGCCUACAUAAGACAGAACAUGUGGCCUAAUCAAGGCCCACCUCCUCCUACGGGUCCACCAAACCCUGCAUAUCCACCAGGCUACAACCCUUCUUACCCAUCUGCUGCUCCUGGUUACUUUCCUCAGCCAGGUUAUUCAGCAGGUCAGUACCCUGCUGGUAUGACCCCCAAUAUGUUUCCUGGAACCGUGCCCUAUGGAACCCCUACUGGAGGCCACUCUUACCCUGCUGGCCAAGGUGGAUAUCCUGCAGGUGUCCCUCCUGGCUGUUACCCACACUCCCCAAAAGGAGGGCAUCACAAAGAUCAUAAGGGUCACCAUGGCGCAGGAGGAUGUUCGGGUGGUGUAGUAGCAGGAUAUGGAGUUCCAGGACACAAAGGCCAUAAAAAAAUGAAAAAGGAUAAGAAAAUGAAGAAAGGACAUAAGGGGCAUGGACAUGGACACGGGCAUGGACAUGGACACCAUAAACAUGGCAAGUCCUCCAGCAGCAGUAGCAGCAGCAGCAGCAGCAGCAGUGAUUCUGACUAAGAUCACCAAUAGUGUACUACUUCAUAAGGAUGAAUAGAAACGCCUGUUACUUACUACAAUUAUUUAACCAAUCAUCUUUAGAGCUUAAUGUGUAUUGUAUGUAGCACAUCAUGUCUUCAAACACUAUUCAAUUCUGAAAUAUAGACCAUAGCUUACAAGUGGGUAAAUCUUAUGAGAUCUUUUCAGCUGAAUGUAUAUUACAACCACAUUUUUAUGAAGCUAUGGUAAAAAUUGUACUUAAAGUUAGUCUAAUUGAACUUGGUGAACUUUUAUUUCAUGUUGCCAAUUACGCAGACAUUAACCAAAGACAACAAAGACAAAACAUCUGCACUUUGAUAACAAAAUUCUAUCACUGCCUACCAGUGUUAUAGGCUUUGUGAUGUUAUGCAAAUGCAAGUUAUUGAUAUAUGCCUACACUUUUUUUUUUAUUAUAAAACAGAAACAGGUAGCUGGACCACAACCUGAAGAGAAUAUUAUUUGAAAAUGUGUAGGUCUACCAGUCAGCACAAUUAGAAAAUAAAAUAUUUUUUAAAUCACCA